GUAAGACGGAGACAAAUGCUUUGCCCAUUCACAGACGUCUUCUUGUCAUCUUGGUGUUUUGUAGGGGCCUUGCUUCAUGUGGCUGUGAGUCCUGACAAGCAUCGUCUUGGGGGCAGUGCGCUGGCUCAGUGCUUCUCCCAACUGGGAGAUGUUUCCCCAGACCUGGAUGACCCCGCCACCCUUGUUUCCUGCUUCCGAGUUACUCAGGACCUGUUACGAGACUCUGUUCUUUCCUCUGGGCAUGAUGUGAGUGAUGGGGGUCUGUUGACUUGCUUGCUGGAGAUGGCCAUUGCUGGGAAUUGUGGUGCCCACAUCGAGCUAGGAGCGCCAGGGGUCCACGCUUUGGAUGUGCUUUUUGCUGAGGAACUUGGGCUGGUGCUGGAAGUGCCCCGUGCUGCAGCAGCUGAAGUCUGUGGGCGGUACCGGGAAGCGGGAGUGCGCUGCGUGCCUGUUGGAUAUUCUGGCCCUCGGGGUCCAAAUGCCAUGGUCCGGGUCACUGUAAAUGGCCAACAAGUGCUGGCAGAGAAAGUCUCAACCUUGCGGAACUGGUGGGAAGCCACAAGCUUCCAGUUGGAGAGGCUGCAAGCCAAUCCAGACUGUGUGGCUCAAGAAGAGAUGGGCUUGGCCAAGCGCACAGAACCCAGCUUCACCCUGACCUUUAACCCCCAGGAGGAACUUCCUCUUCUACAGGAAAUGGCCUUGCCUGCUCCCCGUGUCGCUGUCCUUCGUGAGGAGGGAAGCAACGGAGAUCGUGAAAUGGUGGCAGCGUUUCUCAUGGCUGGAUUCCAGGUUUGGGACCUCACCAUGCAAGAUCUGUGCUCAGGCAAGAUGACCCUAGACUCCUUCCGUGGCUUGGUGUUCGUUGGAGGCUUCAGUUAUGCAGAUGUACUUGGAUCUGCCAAAGGCUGGGCAGCUUCAGUGACCUUUAACCCCAGAGCUCAGGCACAGUUCCAAGCAUUCCACCAGCGGAAAGACACUUUCAGUCUCGGGGUGUGCAAUGGCUGUCAGCUGAUGGCACUGCUAGGGUGGGUAGGAGCCGAGAACCCUGAAGCCAAAGAUCUAGAUGGGGCCACACAACCAGGGUUGCUGCUGAGUCCCAACAACUCUGGCCGGUUUGAGUCGCGUUUUGUGAACCUGGGGAUUGAGGAAAGUCCAGCGCUGAUGCUGCGGGGCAUGGCAGGUUCCACUCUGGGCAUCUGGGUGGCCCACGGAGAAGGUAAUGCCAUCGCUUGGGAACAGCAUUUCAAUACAGGAUCCAGGGAACAUCCCCUCUUUAAUUUCUUUCCUUUUUUUUCUUUUUCAUUUGAAGUGCAGUUUGAAGUUUGCCGAUGCGUGUGCGUGUACAAACAGUGAAGAAUAAUAAUAAUA